AUGACGGACUACUCACAACUCAAGGUUCCUGAACUCAAGAAGCUUCUUCAGGAGAAGUCCUUACCAAUCUCUGGCAACAAAGCAGAUCUUAUUGCGAGAUUACAAGAAUCCGAAAAGAAGCCAGCUGCUGAAGCUACAGCAACCACCGGAGAAGACGAAAUCGACUGGGACGAAGAUGAUGAGAAAAAGGAUGAAAAGAAAGCUACAACUACUGCCGCGCUGGUAGCUGCUGGAGCCAAAGAAGAUAUCCCAAACCCUACGAAAGUUCCUAAUCAGGAACCUGCGAUUGAUCCUGCCAAAACAACAGAUUUGAAAGUUAAGGGAGGUGAAGGUGUUCCAACAGCUGAAGAUGGUGCAGUCGCAGCAUCAGGUCCUACAGAGACCGAAGUCGCAGCUGCACCGGAAGCACCGAAACAGGACUUCAGUGCCGGGAUUGAAAAGUCCGAUGCACAGAAGGAGGCAGAGAAACGUGCAGCAAGAGCCAAAAGGUUCAAUAUUCCGGAGAGCGAGGAGGCCGCAAAAUUGGCAGAACGAGCGAAGAAGUUUGGAGUGGAUAACAGCAAGAUUGUUGAGGGAUUGGAUAGCGCGCUACCAGAGAGGAGACCAAAGAGAGCUCGGGAAGAGAGUAGGCAAGGAGGAAGAAACGCAAAAAGACAAACACCAGACUCCAGGAAACCACAAUCUGGCCCAAAGCAUACACAGAAGUCUGGUCCUAAACAGUCUGCAGGAGGCCGUGUCACCGAUAAUCCGGCAGAGAAGGCAAAGGCGGAAGCAAGAGCAAAGAGAUUUGCGACUGCUGAAUAA